AUGACCUCCACCGACCCCGCUACCGGCCUCCCCCUCCCCGAAACCGCAAUCCAACGCGUCCUCUUCACGUCCCCCACUGUCCACAUCUACGGCAUCCCACCCAUAACCAGCACCAAGGGCUUCUCCGCCUCAACCUGGACCACAGGCGGCGCUCAGCAGAUCUUCACAGCCCGCUUACGAAUACUCGAGACCUCGAUAGAAGGGCGUAUAAAAGUCGACAUAGUGCUCGAGGAUCCUAACACAGGAGACCUCUUCGCAGCAGCACCCUAUACAAGUCCCGCAGUAGUGCAGCAAGCAAAUGAUUCGUCCCGCUUCUUCGCUGUAAGGGUGGUGGGAGAGAGAGGGAUGAAGGCGACCUUGGGGAUUGGGUUUGAAGAACGGGGUGAGGCGUUUGACUUUGGCAUUGCGUUGACGGAUGCGAGGAAGGUGUUGGGGCUGGAGCAGAAUGCUGCGGCCAAUGCUAUGAGGGGGACAUCAACGAAAGUGAAAGAGGAGACUGAGAUGAAGCAGGACUUCAGUUUGAAGGAGGGUGAGACGAUUAGCGUACAGCUUCCGGGGAAGGGGAGGAGGCAGCCUCCUCCUGCAACGAAUAAUGGGAAUGACAGCGCUGCGCUGUUCUCGAUUGCGCCGCCGCCUCCUGCUGGGAAGGUGCAUCAUGAUGAAGCGCCGACGGCCACGGCUGACGGAAAGUCGGCGCAGGAGCUUGGCUUUGAUGAUGGAGAGUUUGGGGAGUUCCAGUGA